UGGUUAGACUCGCCACUUUCACCGCAGCAGCAGCAGCAGCAGCAGCAGCAGCAGGACCCGGCGCACUUUCUCCCUCUGUCAAACUUUACAGGCUAGCAGCGACACCGCGCGGGGCGUGUAAGCCGCCUGCCGACGAGGGGGACGCACGCACGCAGAUACUUCACAGGUACGCGGACGGCCGCCGCGGCGCAGGAGGGGAACAGCUACUUCGGACGCGUAAUCCCCUCGAUGUUUCGGCAAUCCGGCGGGUGUUAAGAUCCAUGGAAGUGGCCGGCUUCUACGACGAGGAAAGCUUCGCUCUCCACAGCAGGAACAACAUCAUAAGUCCCGUCAGCAACAGGAGGCCGGACGACUCCAUGACGGAGGUGGGCAUCGACGACCACGAGAAAGCCAUCGAUUUCUGCGUGUACCUGGACCCCCCUCUGCACUGCCAGCAGCCGGCCGCGCACGGCCACACGCAGCAGCACGGGGACGUGUUCUCGGAUUUCCUGGCGGAGAGCAAGAUCAAGAGAGUGGCGGCACUGCACAACUACAGAAGUUACCCGUUCGUCAACGAGCUGGAGUCCAGCCAGUGCGGCAACCUGCGGGACCCGCGAGAGCACUUCGCCCUGCAGGGUUACCCGGACCUGCAGGAGACGCGGGUGGACACCGUGUUCAGCCCCGAGCUGGUCGGGGAGCGCGCCAGGGCGGCUAUCGGCUUAGACCGGGACGAGAGCAAAGACGAGGGGAAGAUGGACAGCGGGUCCGGUUUCGACAGGAGACCCUACCUUCAUUACCAGUCCACGCCCAGCGACAGCCUGGGGAACAUCUCCACCGCCUCCUCCACCUGCUCCAGCCCGCCCGGCACACCUGCGCCGGCAGGUAAGAGCAGGUCGCCGUCGCACGCGGGCAAGUCGUCCGGCGGGAAAUCCAAGAAGCGGCUCGACAAGGACAGUGAGGAGUACAAACUGAGGCGGGAGAGGAACAAUCUCGCCGUGAGGAAGAGCAGGGACAAGGCCAAGAUGCGCAACUUGGAGACGCAACACAAAGUGCUGGAGCUGGCGGCGGAGAACGACCGGUUGCAGAAGCGAGUGGAGCAGCUGUCCAGGGAGCUGACCACGCUGCGGAACCUGCUGUCUGCAACCGGACAAUGUUGACGAGACACGCCGGAGGUGGGGGGAGGGGGGGGGAGGGAGGCCAGCCGCGGUGACCAGGUUGUGCACAGCGGCUCUCCGUGGAGACCCGUGCGGUGGAGGAGGAGGGGGGGGCUACGCUGGCUUCAUAACUGAUGGGACUUUAAACGGGGGUGGGGUGGGGUGGACGCUGAGCGGGGGGGGGGGGGGUUCAGAGCGGUACGGGUGAGAAGAGCCAUCUACAGUUUACAAGGACAGCUGGACCGGGAGUGUAUGAUAGUGAACUCUGGGUACACGGAUUGCGCAAUAAUUGCUGAUUUGUUUUUCUUUUUUGGACACGUCGUGUGUCACCUUACUGUAGCUUUGUUCCAAGACGUUUUAUUUCCCUGAAUGCAGUAUUUCUGUGCCAGAGGUUUUACACACAUGAGGGAGAGAGAGAGAGAGAGAGAGAGGGAGAGAGAGAGUUUAUACAUUUCCUUAUGUGGAGCAGCGGUUGUCAAGGGAAGAGUUUGUGCUGCAGUGAAAUGAUGCAACUCUUUGUAACAGUAUUGGCGAUGAAUGAAACAAGUCUAAUUAUUUAAUAUUAAAAGGUGAAACGCUUUAAUUGUAUGUGAUAUUUUAUUGAAUUAAACAGCUUUAUACUUGUUUUUUAUGAA